AUCCGUUCACCUUGCUAUCUCUCGCCAUCAUCCAUCCAGCAACCACAUUCAAGAACUUCGAAGAUAUCGUGCAAAUGCUCAUGCACGUUUCCAAACUCCCGGAUAUCAUCGUGAAUGGCGAGCCUUUCAAGGAAAACUACCGUACUUACUGGCAUGAUAUUCCCGAAUUCAGUUUCGAAUUUUCCCAAACAGCUUUGAGUGUGUUUUCCUCCUUCUUCUUGCACUCUCUCAAAUUCCUGCUUACCUGUUUCAUCACAGUCGUCAAUACAAUCGAGGACAUCGACCUCGGAAACUGCACAGUCACCUGGCACGAACAAGCACAACAAUACCUCUCCGCCUCCACCUUCGCCUCCCUCUACCUCCGCGCUCUCUCCCCUACCCUCUCCCCCGUCGGAUUCAAAAGCAUGCAAACAGAAGCCCUCUUCAGCCUCUCCAACGCCCUCGAAGUCUCCACCAAUUCUUCUCCCCAGCUCCGUCGCGCAGGAAUAUACAUCCCCGCCGCCUCUGCAUACCUCAUCCACUCCGCCCCACUCAUUUGGUCCUUCUGCAAGACCAAAGAAAAGUAUCAGGCAGAUAAGGUUUGGAAAGAGUGGAUUGGGGGUAGUGAUGGCAGUGAUGGCAGUGAGCCUUUGUGGAAAGGGGAUGAUGGGUUUAGUGUGCAACGAUGGGGGUUUUGGAAGGAGAGAUUGGGGGAUCUGGCCGGGUUGAAGAGGAGAGGGUCUGCUGGACGCGUUAUUGAUGAAAUCGUGAUGUAUGCGAGAAUGGCGGGACGGGCGAUGGAUGGAGUUGAGCUGGAAUAUGGAGUUGCUUUGGAUGGUGUUUCUUGCUUAUAUGAGCAUGGUAAUUGAUC